ACAAUCGAUCGCACUAUCAUCGCGUUUUUCCAUUUUAAUAGUAGUUCCGCUGUGUUUGUUGGCGUCCGGUAUAUCAAAUCGCACACCUUCUAUACAAUAAAACUCUAGAAGCCUGCUACAUUGGUUUGCGAUCCCGGAAAAGAAAGUUUCUGGUGCUGCGCAUGUCGUUUGAAGUAGGAGCACGGGUAGAAACAGAAAAGACGGGUAAAGGACGUGUUGCCUUUUGUGGUGAAGUGCAAUUUUCGGAUGGUGAAUGGGUUGGAGUAAUUCUCGAUGAACCUCGCGGUAAAAAUAAUGGCACGGUACAAGGAGUACAAUACUUUACAUGCGAACCAAACCAUGGCCUUUUCAUCCGCCCUACUCAGUUGAAACCUGAGUCAGCUCGAGGGCGUACAAGUGGUUUGAGAACUCCUGUCGCACGCAAAGAUGUUGCCCCUGCCGCUAGAGGAGCGCGGUCUUCUCCUGGCCUUAAAAAGGUUCCAUCGACUAACGGCAGCCCCAAAGUGAGUCCGUCUGUUUCAAUGGAGAAGCUAUCAAAGGGCUCAGUUCCCAAGAAAGUAUUAUCUUCGUCUAGGCUUGCUGAUGCUGCUGACGGGAAGAGAAAGUCUACCACACCUAUCAAGACCAGAUCUUCAUCAAAUGUUUCGUUAACGCCAAAAAUGACCCGAGAAUCCUCGAAUUUGUCUCAAGCUGGGUCAGAGAAAAGUGAGAAAUUGGAAAGGGAAAAACCUGGGGCGAAAAACAAGGAGAAACCAGCGGAAAAGUCUAAGGAAAAACCACCUGAGAAGGCAGAGGAGCAACCUGCGGAAAAAUCUCCUGAAAAACCUGAAAGUGUUAUGGAUAAAGUGAAAAAGCUCCAGGAAUCAGCAGCCCCGAUGUCACCAAUGUCUCCCAUUCAUACUAGCAUUCCAUCUGGUAUGGAUGAAGGAACUGAACAGGAGUACUUGAAGCUGCAAGUUAAGGACUUGUCCGAGAAACUUGAAACCUUGAGACUAAAACGCAAAGAAGAUCACAGCAAGCUUGUUGACUACGAGCGCAGCAAAAUUCAACUGCAAGCUCUCAUGGAACUCAAAUCAAAAAUGGCUGAUCAGCUUCUAGAUUUGCAGCGACAGCUACAGGAAGCGAGAAAGGAAGCUAUUGAAAGCCGCGAGUGGAAAGAAGCUAAUCAGGACGAACUGAGUUCUGCUGCAGAGCAGCUGGAAAUGGCUACGAUUGAUAAGGAGAUGGCUGAAGAAAGAGCGGAGGCUCUACAACUUGAGCUGGACACGUUGAAGCUCAAGAAUGAAGAACUUGAAGCUGAUCUUGAAAUAUUGAAAGAGGAAAUGGCGGCUGGUGGAGCUGGUGGCAUUAGUGAAGGCAACAGCGUACAACUGAAACAGCUCGAACUUCAGAAUGAAAGGCUGAAAGAGGCUCUGAUUAAACUUCGCGAUAUAAAUGCCGCUGCUCAAGCAGAAAAAACCGAGGCAGUGAGGGAAGCAGAGGUGUUGAGAACCGAGAACAUCGAGUUGUUAAGAGCAGCAGAAAUUGCGAAGAAAACGGCCGACGACGCGGAUAUGCGCAUACACGACUACCAAGAGCAGAUCGAAGCAGCAAUGGGAGCUGAGGAGAUGGUCAUGAACCUGGCUAAUAAAAACAUGGAAAUGGAAAAUCAGAUCAGACAACUCGAAAGCGAUCGUGAUGAACUCGAAGCAUUACGAGAUAUGGAUGAUCAGAUGAUGGAAGAGCAAAAACUUGUUGAGAAGGCUCUGCUCGGAGAGAUUGAGGGCCUGCACGUGAAGAUCAAUGAGCUUCAACAACGAAUGAAACAAGAAGAUAUACAUCGCGAAGAGUUGAUAUCAACAAUCAUGAAAUUCCGCAAGAAGGUUGGAGAACAGAAUGAAGAGAUACAAGAUCUGAAAGACCAGGUGCUGAGGUAUCAGGAGGAACUCACAGGCCAAAAAUCUGAAGAAAACAACAUUGCUAGCAUGGUCAGCCAAAUGCAAGUCAACGUGAACAGAACCUUCGCUGAGUCAGUAGAGCGACAAGUCUCCGCCGUUGAGGUUGAAUACGCUAGAAAACAGAUGGGUUACCUGCGACAAUUUCUUCCUGAUAAUUUCACGAAGGCUGGAGGUGAUAAUGAUGCUGUGAUUCUGAAUGUACUGUUUCCACGCUUAGCAGCAAAAGCGAAAUUGCUAACAAAACUCAUGGCAGACAGGUUUCCUGGAGUGCCAGGAGGCACUCGUCGUGAGCAUGUGACAAAGUCUCACAAAGCGGAACAGUGGGCUCAUUCGGCAAGAAUUGCCCAUACUAUGAGUGCGCUGGUUGCUGUGUGCGGACAGUUUGAAAGUGCUCUUGGGAACAUAUCGCUUGAAGAUCUUGCGCGAUUAGCUCAGCUCCAACCAGAAAUGUCUUCACAAGAACGUGUCGUAGAUGGCUAUCUUGAGUUGCUGAGGCAAGCCAGGCUUGAUGCGGAGACGUCUUUGGAAAAUAUGGACAAAGUUGUCACAUAUUUCCAGAACGUUCUGUCGGUAAACAUCAGCGCUGAUAGUUAUGACACUUCAGCUUGGGUUCAAAGCGUCUAUCAACAAAUUAUGACCGGUAUUACUUGGUGUAAAGUUAAUAUGCAACGAAUCUCUUACUUUUUGAAGCCUGGCUCAGAGGAAUCUGAUGUGGCAGACUUUGUAAGAACGCUCGGAAAUGAGUUGGCGCAAUGUGAGCAAUUAGCUAUAAAGGGUGGAAAGGCCAUUCCUACGGAUAAGCAGCUGAAACUGACACCACAGGCGAGCGAUGACAUCCAAUCGGCACUUCUGCUUCUGCACAAAAUUGCGUCUAUCUUGCAUGAAACUUGUGGAAUAGCGAGUGUUCAGAUCAACAUGAAUCCAGAGCUCGAUGGUUUUGACGCGAUGAGAGUGAAAGAGAUGAUCCAUGGCGAAGUAGAGAAAGUGAACGGGUCAAUAACUUUGGAGAAAACGUUUGAACCCAUCAGCAAGUAUUUUUACACUUUGCGUGAAAAUCUCAAUGGUCUGUUCAAAGCUUUGGAAGAUGGUGUUAUGGAGAUUCCUCAGAAGGAGAAGAGUUUCCCACCUGUUCUGGAGAGAGCUCACUUACGGAAACAAGCCGCUGCCGAAGCUGAAGGCUUACGCUGGCAACUUGAAAAGAAGGACAUGGAGAUCUUGGAACUCAAAAAGACCAUCAAGAGCAGAUUGGAUGAUAUUAGCAAUUACAAGUUACGCUUGGAUAUGGCCGAAGCUAGAAUUGAGUCAGCCGGAAAGCAGGACAACGUAAAAGUUCAACACCUCGAAGCGAAGAUCGAACAACUUGUUGCUGACAACAAGAAGAAGCAGAUCGAAUUUGACGAAACCAUGGAUGCUCUGCAAAAGGAACUCAAGGAAUGCGAGAGAGAAAAUGCUGAGUUGAAGCAAAUCGCAAAGAACUUCUCUCGCAAGACGCUUCUUGACAAUAUUCAACGUCUCGAAACGCGGUCCGUAACUUCACCACUGCAAGCAGCAUCACCUGUUGGAUUAGCUCUAGGUCGAGAGGAAGUAUCAUUGCUUGAGCAACAGCUCACAGAAAGUCGCGAGGCUUUGCGCCGAGCUACCCUUGAGAUUGUUUCGCUAAAAGCUGAAUUGUCAAUGGCACAGAGCAGGAAUGGCGUCAUACGUCUGCCCGAGAUGGUAUGUGGACCGGAAACAUUGAAAGCAAAGGAGAAUGAUGCCGUGCUAGAAGCAAUUAGCAAAGAAAUUGAACAACUCAAAAGGGACGAACUGAAGUACAUGGUGUUUGUUCCAAACCCAUCUCGUUCUCGUCACCUUCAGCUGCAAGAUCGGGCACGUUUCGAAAAGGAGAGGGAUUUAUUCAACUACCGCGUUGCUACGGUGCGAACACGAUUGCAUCAGUAUUGGAAGGAGACGUGUCCUGGACAGCCUUUCCCGAGACUUUUUGGAGGAUUUUCUACAGCCAGGAAGGAACCGAAGGUUCGCGAUGUUCACUACGGGUCUGAGGCCUUUAAAGACAUUAUAAACCGAUGGGGAGUCAAGGCGUAAGAUCGCAAGGAGACCAUCGUUAGCGCUUACUUUCUUAUACAGGUUUUUUUAUCGAGAUAGUUAUACUGGUGACCGAGCCUAGCUUAUAAUGAAUAUAUAAUUCUCAUUUUUCAUUGCCUUGAUUACCGAAACUAUCUACAUAGUUUGCCCUUACACUGCUAUAAAUUCUUUUCGCAUAGUCAUCUUGAUCUGGUGCAAAUAUUCUAUUAAAGUUCUCUUUAAAGCACUGUCUAAUUUCAGCAUAAAUUGUUGAAGUAGGCGUUGUUUCUGCACCAUUUGUUACAAAAUGGAGGUGCAGGUUCUUAAUCUUUUGUUUCCAUAUAUAUUUAUAGGAUGUUUUUUUCUGCUAGCGGACCUGUUCUGUUCAAAUAGUUUCAGCUUCUAAAUUCUUUCUAUAUAUGAUUAUAACUGCGUUUUGUUUGAUCAGUUGUACUAACCAUCUGUGUAAAUAAUGCAAUGAAACCUGCUGCUCCUUGAAAUAAAUGUU